AUGUCGGGGCGCUCGGUCCGAGCCGAGACACGAAGCCGGGCUAAAGAUGACAUCAAACGGGUGAUGGCCGCCAUCGAAAAAGUACGGAAAUGGGAAAAGAAGUGGGUGACUGUCGGAGAUACUUCUCUUAGAAUUUACAAGUGGGUUCCUGUGGCUGAGCCUAAAGUGGAUGAUAAGACCAAAAACAAGAAGAAAACAAAAGAUGAGAAAUGUGGCUCUGAACUGACCACCCCAGAAAACAGCUCCUCUCCUGGCAUGAUGGACAUGAAUGAUGAUAAUAGCAACCAGAGCUCUAUAGCGGAUGCAUCACCUGUGAAGCAGGAGAACAGCAGCAAUUGUAGUCCUGCCCCAGACAACCUUAACAACCAGGCAGACAGUACUGAGUUGAAGUCUGAGGAGGCUCAUUCUAAUGCCAGCGAGCACCAGGAUUCUGAAGUUACUUCGGGUCAAAAUUCACAGUCCUCUGUGGAAAGUUCAUUAAUCAAUUCAGAGAAAACUGAGCUACAGUCUUGUGUUGAUAAAGAUGCUUCUGCAGAAAACACAAAAAAUUCUCAGGAUUCUGAUGAUGGUGCCCCUCCAAGCAAAAAGGCAAAAUCUGACAGUUCGGCACAAAACACAGAAGCAGUCUAG